CUGAAUCCGCCCCACCCGUUAACCAAGAACAUUAAAUCCUUUCGACCCAUCUCCAAGCUUCGAUUCAAGUUCAUCAACAGCUAGCCAAUUCGUCACCUCUCGGUGAAACCGCCGUGAAAGUGUUCAGCUUUUAUCUCAAUCGGGGCUUAGGUGGGAUUCUAGAGAUAAAUGAGUGCCACAAGACACCGGACCCUAGGGGGUGGGGUUCACCAUAUAUUGGACUAUCUGAGACGAAUGCAAGUGGAGAAUCCUUCGUUCUUUUAUGCAAUUCAAGGUGAUAAUGACCAGACCGGUGGAAACAUAUUUUGGGCGGAUGCUACAGCAAGGAUGAACUAUACUUACUUUGGUGAUACCGUCAUAUUUGACACAACAUAUAGGACAAAUCGCUACAGGGUGCCAUUUGCCUCGUUCACAGGAAUCAACCACCAUGGGCAGCCGGUGUUGUUUGGAUGUGCUUUAAUUCUCAACGAGUCCGAGUCCUCGUUUGCAUGGCUAUUCCAAACCUGGCUUCAUGCAAUGUCUGAUCGUCGUCCCAUCUCUAUAACAACCGACCCUGAUCGUCUCAUACAGACGGCUGUUACGCGGGUUCUUCCAGAAGCACGCCUUCGCUUCAAUAGAUGGAGCAUUUUCAAAGAAACUCAAGAAAAGCUGGCUCACAUAUACCAAUCCAAUCCCACGUUCGAAAUAGAAUUUAAGAAAUGUGUUGACGAGGCUGAGACGAUUAAUGAGUUUGAGUCAUCUUGGUUAUCACUUCUGGAACGUUACUUUGUCAUGGAUAACGAAUGGCUUCAGUCGAUGUACAAUGCUCGGCAACAGUGGGUCCCUGUUUAUUUGCGAGAUACCUUCUUUGGGGACUUCUCUAUAACCGAGAGAAACGUAGGCUUAAACUCAUUUUUUGAAGGGUUUGUGCAUGCAUCAACUACCAUACAGAUGUUGAUUAAACAGUAUGAGAAAGCUGUAGCGAAUUGGCACGAGAAAGAGCUGAAGGCUGAUUAUGACACCACCAACACUUCACCGAUUCUUAAGACACCGUCUCCCAUGGAAAAACAAGCGGCUAAUCUCUAUACAAGAAGAAUAUUCAUAAAGUUCCAAGAGGAGCUAGUCGAGACCCUUGCUAAUCCUGCCACUAAAAUUGAUGAUUCGGGAACUGUCGCAACAUAUCGGGUGGCCAAAUUUAGGGUAGAGCACAAAGCACACACCGUCAGUUUCUUCUCCUUUGAGAUGAAAGCUAAUUGCAGCUGCCAAAUGUUUGAACAUUCUGGGAUAAUAUGCAGGCACAUAUUAGCAGUUUUCAGGGCAAAAAAUGUUCUUACACUGCCUUCGCAAUAUGUACUAAAGCGAUGGACUAGGACUGCCAAAAUUGGAGAUGUGCAGGAUGAACAUGCUUCUGAUUUGCCAAAUAAUUCUCCUGAGUCCUUAACGGAUCGGUAUAACAUCCUACGCCAAGAAGCUAUUAAGUACGUCGAAGAAGGGGCAAAAUCUAUUCAUGUUUACAACGUGGCAAUGGAUGCUUUACAAGAUGCACUGAAAAGGGUUACUUCUAAUAAAAACCAAAGCCCUAUAUCGGCAGAAGAUGGAGCACUUAGCAGUGGACGUAAUCAAGAGUUGCAUGCUGCUGGAAAUACUGAGACAAUGGCAUGCCAAUCUGUGGACGAGAAGGAAAAGAAAGUCCAGGAAUUGUCGACGGAGUUGGAGAACAUAAACCGACGCUGCGAAGUGUACAGAGCGAACCUGCUGUCGGUGUUGAGGGACAUGGAAGAACAGAAGUUGAAGCUGUCUGUUAAAGUUCAAAAUGCAAGGCUUAAUUUGAGAGAGUGAAUGUAAUAGGUAAAAGAAAUGUUGUGAAGAUUAGUAUUUUGAUAGUAUUUUCUUUUAGCUUCUUAGAUGAUUUGGUAUAGAAUUUGAUCAAAUGUAGUUUCAAUUGUAUGAA